GGCGGGCGGGGCCUGGGGCGCCGGAAAAGCUGGCACUGGAAUUCGAACCGGAGCGGCUGCCGCAGUGUCCGCUGCCCGGGCGGUGGGCGUCUGACCCCGACCGCAGGCGGCCCCGGGGGCGGGCCCGCGACUGUGAGGUGCCUUGUUUUUCUGGAAUGAACUGACCAUGUCGGGAUGACGGGAAGCGCUCUGUGCACACCGCUGUCUGUGGGAGCUUUGAAGGCCAUAAAAUAGAAUUUGUUCUACCGGGGAGCUCCUUUGCGUCGAGCUAUGGUGAAAAAUGUUUCGGAAAGGCAAAAAACGACACAGCAGCAGCAGUUCCCAAAGCAGCGAAAUCAGUACGAAGAGCAAGUCCGUAGACUCCAGCCUCGGGGGGCUGUCACGGUCCAGCACCGCCAGCCUCGACACAGACUCUACCAAGAGCUCAGGACAAAGCAAUAACAACUCAGAUACCUGUGCAGAAUUUCGAAUAAAAUACGUUGGUGCCAUUGAGAAACUGAAAUUCUCUGAAGGAAAAAGUCUGGAAGGGCCCCUAGACCUGAUAAAUUAUAUAGAUGUUGCCCAGCAAGAUGGAAAGUUACCUUUCGUUCCUCUGGAGGAAGAAUUUAUUAUGGGAGUUUCCAAGUAUGGUAUAAAAGUGUCAACCUCAGAUCAGUAUGACGUCUUGCAUCGGCACUCUCUGUAUUUAAUCAUCCGGAUGGUGUGUUAUGAUGAUGGUCUGGGGGCAGGAAAAAGCUUAUUGGCUCUGAAGACCACAGAUGCGAGCAACGAGGAAUACAGCCUCUGGGUUUAUCAGUGCCACAGCCUGGAGCAAGCACAAGCUAUCUGCAAAGUUUUAUCCACUGCUUUUGACUCUGUGUUAACAUCUGAGAAAUCUUGAAUUCUGCAAUCAAGUAGAAGCUAACUUCGUGUGGGAGUUCAGUGGUUUCCAGGGUUGAGCUAUUUUGGAAGAAGGAAGUGAUGAAAGUGAAGAAAUGCA